CCCUGAAUCACUAAUCAUGACUUUUGUUAAUAUUAACCAUCUCCACUUCUAGGUGGAACCCCAUGUGGUGAAAAUUUGAUGAUGUCAAGUGUCCCUGUUCCAUGGUCUAAAGUAACUCAAGAGUGGUACAACGAGGUGAAUGAUUUCCAGUACGGUGUUGGAAAGAUCCGCCCAGGAGUCCAAACUGGCCAUUACACUCAGGUGGUUUGGUACAGGUCUUAUGAAGUGGGUUGCGCUGAGGCCGAGUGCCCUCAACAAUCGCUAAAAUACUACUACGUUUGCCAGUACUGCCCUGCAGGGAACAUAGUAGGAUCAAUUGAAAGGCCAUAUAAGUCUGGAUCACCUUGUGCGGACUGCCCUGGCUCAUGCGACAAUGGAUUAUGCACCAAUCCUUGCAAAUAUUUUGAUAAGUACAGCAACUGCGCUGAGGUAGUGCAAUCGAGCGGGUGCAAGGGCAGCCUUGCGGCAGAUUGUGCUGCUACUUGCAAUUGCCCCACUGAAAUAAAAUAGGGGGUCCUUCUACCUGAUCUUCAUUGAACUCUGCAUUCUCAUUUAAUUUUCAUCCUCCAGCAUCUUCUAUCAAAUCCCAUCCAAAUGAAAUUGGUUAACUUGUUUUUGAAACGGAAAACUCAUAAAAAGUCUUGCAUGCAUGGAUGUUUUCAUUCUUUUUUCUUUUCUUUUUUUGCCUAAUGGGGAAGAAUGGAAGUUGGGAGUAGGGUCUUACAGUCGCAGGAAAAAUAACAGACACAGAGAUGCAAAAGAUCCCAAGGAGGACACAAUGUAUGACUGAUUAAAUGUGAAUGGAAGGUGGACAAACGAAAUGAAAUCAACACAGCAUUAGCAGCUGCUACACCUGGGCUCACACUGACAUAACACAGGUGAAAAAUCUCAAGCCAGAAAGAGAGUAAAAAUUGAUGAGUUAAUUGAGUUUAGAAUGUGAGACUGCACAUGCUCAGAUCAUUUUGCUGCAGUUUAUCAAGGUCUGCAAACUGGCUUGUGUACCAGGAGUGGAACGUAGCAACCAAAGUCCAGAGGAUGAGGAAAUGUUUGCUUUCUUGGCUUUGCCAUGAGUUUCUUCACAUCACAUUAUUUAUGUAUUUAUACACACACAGACCCACAUUUAUAUUGAACUUUUCCCCAGCAACCGGCAAAUAGAUGAGAAAGAAAAGGCUCUGAUGUGAUGCUGUAGCCCAGUGAAGCAGUACAAAAACAAGAGCUGGCAUUCAUUUUAUGUGGUUCCUUUGUGGGAGCAUAAAACUGGUAACCUACUUUCAUGAGUGAGAUAUUGGAGGGCCAGGUACUCCAAACUGGAAAGAUCCCAAAGCAAGUAUAUUUAGAGGUGUUGGGGAGAGAAGGGGCCAGAGCCAGGUGGGGGCCCUGACUCUUGUGCUCCCCAAACCAUAUAAAUAAGAGACAAAUAAGACUGGGUUUUGGGUCAAAACAGGCCACAACUUUAUUGAAUCCAGAUGAAAGAGGUUUGGCUUGGGCAUGGGGCAAUCUAAAUAAUUCUUGCUCGCCCACCGGAAGUGAUGCGUGAUAAAUCCAGGCAGGGGUUCCUAAGACUUACAUCAAAUAGGGUGACCCCCACAGGGACCAUUGUAUGGGGAAGUGCCUUCAGCCAUGACCUCACUGACUUGAAAGAUAAUCCAAGCAUCUCUAAAUUUAGAAAGCCAAAACAUGAAGGUGAUAUUUUAUCCGAUGGCAGCAGGUGUUGAGCACCCACUUGGGACUCAAGAGGGUAAGGGGCUCCCAGGUCAGCAGAAUAAAUCAAACAAACUUAUUGUACCUGCUGCUAGCCUGACACUGGCCAGAGGAGGACAAUCUAACUGUAUAAUGGAGUGUGUAAGGUUGUCAUCACACAGCCCCCAUUGGAUGACUUGUAGUGCAUGUAACCAUGUAAUUAUUAUUAUUAUUAUUAUUAUUAUUAUUAUUAUUAUUUGUACCCCGCCCAUCUGGCUGGGUUUCCCCAGCCACUCUGGGCGGCUUCCAACAGAAAAAUAAAACACAGUAAUCUAUUAAACAUUAAAAGCCUCCCUAAACAGGGCUGCCUUCAGAUGUCUUCUAAAAGUCUGGUAGUUGUUUUCCUCUUUGACAUCUGU